AUGGCGAACGACGAGAAGCCCGUGGGCAUGUCGACGGGUAUCGCCCACGACUCCGACCACGACGAACGCCGAGUGUCCGUCCAGGAUCUCAAGGAGAAGGAUGUCUUCCACUCCGAGGUCCUGGUCGAUCAGGACCUCAUGAACAACGCCUUCGAGGCCGAGACCAAGGAGCACCAGCAGGGUGUCUGGGAAGCGGCAAAGUCCCAUCCCAUGGCCUGUUUCUGGGCCUUUAUCUUCUGCUUCACCAUCGUGAGUCGAGCCUCUUAACUCGUACGUAACUCGCGGCGAAGAGUAUGAGCUGAUGUCUCGCAGGUCAUGGAGUCCUUUGACAUGUUCUUGAACGGCAACUUUGUCGCCCUGCCCGCCUUCAUCGAGAGAUACGGCGUCGUCGCUUCGGACGGCACAAAGGCCAUCCCCACCAAAUGGCAGAGUGCCCUCUUCCAGUCCGGACAGUGUGGUGCUUUCAUCGGUGUCUUCCUCGCCGGUCCCAUCACCAACCGCAUCGGAUACCGCUGGACGGCGCUCCUGGGUCUGGUCAUGAUGAACGCCACCAUCUUCAUCUCCUUCUUCGUGAGUAGAGUAUCCCCAGCGCCUCUCUGCCCAAGUGUGUGCCAGCUGACGGUCCACAGGCCGACUCCCUCGCCGUCCUCACCAUUGGCCAGGCGUUUGAGGGUGUCCCGUGGGGUCUGUUCAUCGCCAACUCGCCCGCCUACGCGUCCGAGGUCGUCCCCAUCUCCCUGCGCGCGGCCACCACGGCUACUCUCCAGAUGUCCUGGUCGAUUGGCUCCAUCAUCGUCGCGGGUGUCACCUAUAGCUUCAACCAACGCAACGACCAGUGGGCUUGGCGUGUGCCCUUGGCAUUCCAGUGGAUCUUCCCCGUAAGCCACCCUCUCCUCUCCUCUCCUCUCCUCUCCUUCUGCUCAUACUCAUCCGCUAAUCUCUGCAGACACCACUGAUGAUCCUCAUCUUCUUCGCGCCGGAAUCUCCCUGGUGGCUUGUACGCAAGGGACGCAAGGCGGAAGCGAAGCGAUCGCUGGAGCGUCUCGGCCGUAAGGACCAGAUCGACGCCGACGACAAACUGGCCAUGAUUGAGCGUACCGUCGAGAUUGAGGCUCAGCUCGGCGGCUCCCCUUCCCUGCUGGAUCUCGUCAAGGGCACCGACCUCCGACGCACCAUCAUCACCUGUCUGGUCUAUGCGUCGCAGAACUUCGCCGGCAAUCUCAUCGCCAACCAGGCGACCUUCUUCUUCGAGCGUAAGCCAUAGCACACCAUUCCCCCCCCCUUCGCACACCGUGUCAAUAAUACUAACAUCUCACACAGAGGCCGGCAUGUCGACCGACUUCUCCUUCCAGCUCAACCUGAUCACGACCUGCCUGCAGUUCGUCGGCAACAUCGGCUCCUGGUUCCUAGCGGCCUGGUUCGGCCGACGCACCAUCUACCUCUGGGGCACGGCGACCAACGCGGCCUUCCUCUUCAUCCUCGGCAUCUGCGCCUCCAUCACGCAGACGAAAUCCACAAACUACGCGCAGGCCUGCUUCGGCGUCAUCAUCUCCUUCGUCUACGCCUUCGCCCUCGGCCCCGUCUCCUACACCAUCAUCGCCGAGACCUCCUCCGUCCGCCUGCGCGCCCUCUCCACCGGCGUCGGCCGCGCCGCCUACUACGUCGCCGAGAUCCCCAUGAUCUACCUCGCCUCGCGCCUGCUCAACCCCACCGGCUGGAACCUCGCCGGCAAGUGCGGAUACGUCUGGGGCGGCACCGCCAUCGUGUGUUGGAUCCUCGCCUACUUUGGCCUGCCCGAGCUCAAGCACCGCUCCUACCGCGAGACGGACAUCAUGUUCAACCGGAAGGUCUCCGCCAGGAAGUUCAAGGGUACCGUCAUCGAUAUCAAGGAUAAUCACUAG